AUGGAAGAUACGCCGGUGCUCACGCGCCGGCGCCGAAGGGAGCGGCCGAUGCUCGUCUGUCUCGAAUGUCAUCGCCGAAAACUGAAAUGCAAUAAGCAGCGGCCCUGCGACCGGUGCUCAAAGAACAAUCCCCCGCUGAAAUGCACGUACGUGAGACCGGUCCACGGCAGCGCACCGAAGCGAUCGCCCCGUGAGCAGCAGCAGCGGCAGCAAGCAUCCACGGAUGGGGAACGAGGUCCCGACGUCAGGCAUACACCAGGCCACUCCGACGACCAGGUAGAUGCAAGACCCGAAAGCAUAUUGCCUGCUGUGAAUCGCAGCGCUUCAGCUUCCGAGUCUCGGGACAGAAGCGUAAGAGACGAUGACGCGGAUUCACCGACUCCUGGGGCCCAAGAGGGCUUGCUUGAUGGGAACGCAGACGCGCUGGGUAUGUCCGAGAACGCCGGGGCGCCGACCGUAAAGCCGAGCAAACUCAAUUCGAGAAGAACGUGGUACGGGCGUAGUAGCAACCACUGGCUUUUCCCAAAGUUCCAGCAUAUCAUGGCUCUCAUGGGCCGAGCCGGGUUCUCUUUACCUGGCGGCCGGUUUACAACUUUCAAUGAGCUCAAGACUUCGUUGUACCAGCGCCGAACCCUCUUUCUCGGAGAGACCCAGGGGCCCCAACUAUCCAUGUUUGAAGAGUUUCCACCAAGGAGCACAACGGAGUUUCUAGUCCAGCGAUAUUUCGACACUUUUGGCUCCGUCUUUGCGCUCUUACAAAAGCCAAUUUUCCAAGAUCAGGUCUUGAGAUUUUGGGAAAAGCCUGAGAGCGUGCCCAUUUCCGACUGCAUACAAAUCUUGCUGGUCAUAGCCAUUGGAAAUGGUACUCUAGACAUCAACAGCGGCCGAUUGCCGGACACCAAGAUUGAGGGGUGGUGGCAUCUCAUCCUAGCGUGGCAGGGCGUCGCCCUUCGUUCGAACCCUUGCGAUGUCAGCACUCUCCAAGCAUGCUGCUUGAUUGACAUCAUGAGGCAGGUCUACAGCCUGGAUUCUACCGCUACUUGGUCCUCAUCGGGUAUGCUGACGCGGAACGCCAUGGUGGCAGGCCUGCAUCGCGAUCCCUCAGUCACAGGAGACCGCCUUACAAAGGACGAGCUAGAGACUCAACAAAAUCUCUGGUACACGAUCCUGGAGCUAGAUUUACAAAGCUCAAUGAAUGAGGGGGUUUUGACAACGAUAGGGCCUGACGACUGGGAUAUGUCAUUACCAACACCUCCAAGAUCAGGUGGCAGCGUCGCCGGAGGUGACUCGUCACCUGUGGGCUACUUGAUUUUGACUCUGAGAACGCGUAUGCGUAUCGCCAACUUUCUCAAUGACAUCAGAUGCUCCACGAAAUACGACGAGGCUUCAAAGUUGCAGGAGACAUUUGAAGCUGCAGCACAUCCGCUGCUAGCAGACAGCUCUCCUGACCGGGGAAAUUUUGCUCUAUGUUUCUCAGCCAUUCUUUGUCAGAGGUCAUUACUUGCUCUUCACUUACCAUUUGGCAUUCAACGAAGCUCCACGUUGGCGUUCUCGCACACCUUGUGCGUCAGCACCGCCAUCUCCAUCCUCGAGACCAUUGAUCCUCCCAACAAACUGGCCAAAGCAUAUGACGUGGGUGGACUGGUGAACAUGAUGAGGACCUCCGGAUCUCUGUUUCGUACAGUGGCCCUACAAGCCGUGUUGUUCCUCUGUUUUCAGCUAGAAGUGUCCAUCACUGACAACAAGCCCUGGACGUUAAUCGCCGAGCUUCGAGACCGGAUCAUAGAUAUUAUCGACCGCUACGCCCUCAUUGCCGAAAGGAGGCUCGCGACGCAAGACUUUGUAGGGAAGGCUUUCAUCAUCGCCAACAUGGUAUCGGCGAAAGCCAAGCUUGUGAGGAUGGGACACAGCGGAGCGGAGAUUGAUGCGGCUAGUCCGGCUAUGGCCAAGGACAUCGCCGAGGUGUGCUUCGCCAUCUUCCGCAAUCGGCCGGAUAUCCCUGGCCCUGUUCCCGAAGACAUGACACCAAUGUCGAUAAUGGAAUGA